CGGCCGGCGCGCGGGCCGGAAAGCGGCGCAUCGCGCUUUACGGCAGCGCGCGGAGGUCGUUGGUGCGGCGGGCGCGAGGCCCGGCGGCGCCAUGGAGGGCGGCGGCAACUCCAAGGGCAGCGGCCUCGGCGGCCUCUUCGGCGUCGGCGGGGCCGGGGCAGGGGCCGGGUACUCCAACGCCGACCUGGCUGGGGUGCCGCUAACUGGAAUGAGUCCUUUGUCCCCAUAUUUAAACUUGGACCCCAGGUACCUCGUACAGGAUGCAGAUGAGUUUAUCUUGCCCACAGGAGCCAGCAAGACUCGAGGCAGAUUUGAGCUGGCAUUUUUUACCAUUGGAGGAUGCUGUAUGACAGGGGCAGCAUUUGGUGCACUGAAUGGUUUGCGACUUGGCUUGAAGGAGACACAGAACAUGGCGUGGUCAAAACCUAGAAAUGUACAAAUUCUAAAUAUGGUGACAAGGCAAGGAGCGUUAUGGGCUAACACCCUGGGAUCUCUGGCUCUACUUUACAGUGCAUUUGGAGUCAUCAUUGAAAAAACACGAGGUGCAGAAGAUGACCUGAACACCAUAGCUGCUGGAACCUUGACAGGAAUGCUAUACAAAAGCACUGGUGGAGCACGUGGGAUAGCACGAGGUGGCAUUGCUGGUCUGACACUCACUGGCCUCUACGCUCUCUGCAACAACUGGGAGCACAUGAAGGGCUCCAUAACCCGGCAGUCCCUCUGAUGGGGACAGCCAGCACUGGACAGAGGACACGCUUGCACAGUCACCUAUCAGAUCAGUUGUGAGACCUGUCUGGUGCCCCUUCCUCUUUUAUUAUUAGUGUGAAACCGAAGGAUGCUGCGCUGGGAGGAACCUCUUUGACAUCAUGGAGCUGGACUGGCCCUUUCUGCCAGCUGGUCACUGGAGAGGCAGCACUAUUUGUUGGACCUGCAAGUGAGCAGAGUGGCCACCAAGACAGAGUCUCCCUGACACGCUCACCAGCUACCCCUGGGCCAGAGCAACACAGCAUGCUGAAGUCCCAUAGCUGUACUGCUGCCCUAUCAGAUUUGCUCGGUUGCGCGUGUUCCAGCGACAGCGCUGCCUAAUAAAGUCUGUGUCUAGAGAGCUGUUCACUGCAGUCUGUCACCCAACGUUGCUCUGGCAGCCCACAAGAGCCUUGAGCAGCAGCUGGCACAGGGCAAGGCUUGUUAUUCUGACAGCACAGGGUAAGCUGUGAAAAGGGACAUCAUCAUUAAUAAAAAGGGUGGUAUUUGUGCAA